AUGAAACAAGGCUCAACGUCUCAAGCAAAGAUAGAUGUGACUAAUACAACUAAUCAUGACAUUGUCGUGCUUAAACACACAGUAUUAGGAAGUCUUCAGUUAAUUAAAUCGAUUACACCUGUAGAAGUGAAGUUGGCAGAAAAGUCAAGCAAAGAAAAAGAACGAACAGUAACAGCCACACAAUCCCAAGUGAAUGCAAUGGCGAAAGAAACUCGAGAAAGAGACAAUACAAAUGAUGACCAGUUUUUACCUCAAGUUGACCUUAGUGGAUUAACAGAACGUCAACGUCAAGUGGUUACUAACAUGUUGAAGGAAGAAUGUCACUCUUUUGCAAGAAAUGACGAGGAUAUCGGUUAUAUCAAAGAUCUAGAACUAGAAAUAAAUUUGACAACAAACGAGCCACUGCAAAAGAACUAUGUAUCGGUACCAAGACCUCUCUGCCCGGAAGUAAAACAGUACAUUGAAGAUUUGUUAAAUAACGUGUUUAUAAGAGAGUCAAAAUCAGCUUAUUCAUCCCCAGUA